AUGGCGGCGCCGGCGCCGAUGCAGCUCAAGGUGCGGGUCCCACAGAACGAGGAGGUCGCUCGCGCUGCCCACGAGAAGCGGCUGUCGAUGAGGGAGCAGCCGGCCGGUUUCAAGGAGCACCUGGACCGCACGUUCGCCAAAGCCUACCGCAAUGUCUGCGCCGCCAAUGAGCCCAUCCGGACUCUCAAGGAGUUCUCUAAGAUCAAUGGUGUGGGACCAUGGCUAAUACGUUGUAUGAAAGGCUUCUUUCCAGAGUCCAAACAGGAUUCUCCAACGAAAGGAAAGAAAACAAGAGUACCAAAGUGCCCUAAGCCAAAGAAGAACACUGCUGCUGCUGCUGCUUCUCUUGGCAAGGGACCUCCUCCUAACUUAAAUUGUCAGAAUGUUCAGUUUACUCCUCCAUUUUCAUCCCAAGGAACAUUGGACCUGCAAUCGUCUGGUAAAACGGGUUCUUCUGACUUCAAUAUGCUAGACAAGGAUGUUGUAUCAAUAGACAAUUGUAUACUGGCUAUGCCACCUCGUCAAUCAAGUGAAGAGUUUCUUGAAGCUUACGAGGUUGUUCUGAUAUUGGAUGAUUCUUGA